AUGGUCAGCGGCAGGAUGCUGCUCCUCAGUGCAUCUUGCUGGAUGCUGGUGGCUUUAGGAAGCUGCAAUGAGCUGAUAGAGGAGCGAUCACCUGAAUAUGAUGUCAUCAAGACUGAAGAAGAGAAGGAGCUGAUCGAAGCCCUGCAGGAAGUUCUGGAAAAGCUGAGGAACAAACAGCUGCCAUCCACUGAGAAGAAACUGGGCUGGCUUCCACCUUGUGAUGCAGGGGAGCAGUGUGCGGUGCGUAAAGGGGCCAGGAUCGGGAAGCUGUGUGGAUGUCCCAGAGGAACCUUCUGCAACUUUAGUGUCCUCAAGUGUGUAUAG